GUAAUUUUUUAUUGCAUCAUUAGCAACUUGUUGAACAAAUUUAGAAACAUCAGAUUGUCGCACGUGGAUUUUUUUUUCUUCACAUGAUAUGCUAUAUGACAAGUAUAUUCGUUGAAGUUUCACAUGAAAAGUAAGGACAAAAUUAAUUAACCAAUCAUCAAAGUUUUCCCACUUAUCAGUACUAUAUUGUCGAAAUUUCUAAAUGGGGAAGUAUAUAUAAAAAUUUCCGCACGUAUCAAAAUUUGCUCUCUGUACAUAUUUGGUUUAGUCAUAUCGAGUGAAGUUUCUUCAUCAGACAAGAUGAAUUUCGGUUCCUUGACUUUUUGCAUAACAAUGUUCAUUAUCAUUGUUAUAUAUGGAAGCAACACAAAUGCCUACAAAAUAACAGACAAUAAUUAUUUGAGUAGAGGUGUCAACAAGUUUAGUGUUAAAUUAUUUAAAUUUGCUUCAAUGAAUGAGACGGGUAAUAUUAUUAUCAGUCCUCUAACCAUACAUGUGAUUUUAUCUAUAUUUGCCUUUAAUUCCACUGAAUCAACUAUUCGAGACUUUGAAAAUGUUCUGGAAUUAAGAAUUAAUAAUAAUUAUAUAUUCACACAGUAUAGAGAUCUUAUAGACAACUUACGUGGAGAGAGUAUUGCAUCUACAACACCAAACAGCAUAAAAGCCUUCAGUUUAAUUGAUGUUCGGCUUAGGGAAAUUACAACUGGUAAUCGUUUUACGUUUGCUAAUGACAAACAACCUUCUAGUGAGAUGAGAUACAUUGACAUUUAUUUUAACGCUGAAUGGAGAGAAAAGUUUUCAAAAUAUAGCACAACUAGAAAAUUUUUUUACAAUGGAAACACAAAUACUCGCGUACAAAUGAUGAGUAUGCAAAGUUAUUUUGAAUAUGGACGAAUUACUGAAGCAAAUGCAACAUUUAUAAAAAUUCCAUUUAGGGAUAAUGAUUGUUAUAUGCUUAUUGUUUUACCUGAUGAUAUGAAUGGUCUUAGAAACGUAGAAGAUGUUCUGGAAACACUAACUCUUGAACAGAUCACACGCAAUGGUUUAAGUACUAUUGUUGACUUAAAUUUGCCUAAGUUUAAAGUUAAUUGUGUAAUGGAUUUGAAAGUAGUUUCACAAAAGAUGGGUAUUGAUAGAUUAUUAACUAAUUAUUUCUUCAAUAAUGAUCAUGUUGAAUCGAGUACAAGUCAAAUUAUUCAUCAAGCUACCAUUAAUAUAAGUGAAGGUGGAACUAAAGAUAGAGUCGAAGAUGGAUACGAAUAUAAUUCCUUUGUUCCUCUCUAUCUACCACCAUCAGUGCGUUUUAAUGUUAAUCAUCCAUUUCACUAUAAAAUAAUCAAACGCAUUAAUAAUAAUGAAGAAAUUGUUCUUUUUGUUGGGAACAUUAAGACAUUAUUAUAGCAAAUGUUACAUUUUUUUUGUUUUUAAUUUAAUUUAAUGAUUUAUUUAUAUUGUUUUUGUUACAUAUUUUAACAUCUAAUUACAUUUUGUGUUAGUUUUAUAAGAAAAAUAAUUUAUAUAUAAAUUUUAAUUUUAUUUAUUCAUUAUAUAUCAUCGAUUCGACAAUCUUAAUUCAUUAAUAUUGUAAUAAGGAAAAUA